AUGUCCGAUUCAUUCUGAUAUUUCUCUUAUGAGAGAGAGCAGAGAACCCACUUUCUUCUAAUCCUUUCACUUUUCGGCCCCCACCUAAAGCCCUCCUUUCUCUCUCUACAAGUAGUUGCAAAGCAAGAGAGAGAUGAUCCUGAACCCAGCUCCUCGUCCUUCCUGAUCUUGAUCUCCAUCUUCUCUCGCUUCAAACCCUAAAAAAGCCCAGUUUUCUCUUCCCCCCAAUCACGCUCGCUUUCUUCACUCCAUCAAAGUCCUCAUCGUUCAUUGCACUUUAUGCGUCCUGGAAAGAGAGCUGCUGGAGGAGAGGUUGUUGAAGCGGACACUGAAGGAGACAAUCAAAAGAUCGAAUCUUUGAGCAAGAAACAGAGGAUCGAUUGCUUGAUCUCGUCGGUGACGGCGACUAGUAGCAGCAGCGGCGGCGGAAGCGAGGCGACGGCGACGGCGGCGAUGGUGGGUAAGGUUAAUGGCAGCAGCGGUAACGGGAAGGCGCCGAUGAUGGAUUUAGGAGAGGGAAAGUCGCCGGAUAUCGAUGAGGAUCUGCACAGCCGCCAGCUCGCCGUGUAUGGCCGCGAGACCAUGAGGCGGCUUUUCGCCUCUAAUGUUCUUAUCUCAGGGAUUAAUGGGCUCGGUGCCGAAAUUGCAAAGAACCUUGUUCUUGCUGGUGUCAAGUCUGUGACCUUGCAUGACGAGGGAAUUGUGGAGUUGUGGGACUUGUCCAGCAAUUUUAUCUUUUCUGAUGAUGAUGUGGGGAAGAAUCGAGCCCUUGCUUCUGUCCAAAAACUGCAAGAACUGAACAAUUCCGUGGUUAUUUCAACUUUAACAACUGAAUUGACUAAGGAGCAACUUUCUGAUUUUCAGGCUGUAGUAUUCACUGAUAUCAGCUUGGAGAAGGCAAUUGAAUUCAAUGAUUACUGCCAUAGUCAUCAGCCUCCAAUCUCUUUCAUCAAAACUGAAGUACGAGGUCUUUUUGGCAGUGUGUUUUGUGACUUUGGUCCCGAGUUUACAGUUUUUGAUGUUGAUGGCAAUGAUCCACACACAGGCAUUAUUGCAUCUAUUAGCAAUGACAAUCCUGCUAUUGUUGCCUGUGUGGAUGAUGAGAGGCUUGAGUUUGAGGAUGGAGAUCUGGUUGUCUUCUCUGAAGUUCAUGGAAUGCCGGAAUUGAAUGAUGGAAAGCCAAGAAAAGUUAAGAAUGCAAGGCCUUAUUCAUUCACCAUUGAAGAGGAUACAACAAAUUAUGCUGCAUAUGAAAAAGGUGGUAUUGUCACCCAGGUGAAGCAGCCUAAGGCAUUGAACUUUAAGCCAUUGCGAGAAGCACUUAAAGAUCCUGGCGAUUUUCUUCUGAGUGACUUCUCCAAGUUCGAUCGUCCACCUCUUCUACACUUGGCAUUUCAAGCAUUGGACAUGUAUAUAUCAGAGUUGGGGCGCUUCCCUAUUGCUGGAUCAGAGGAGGAUGCUCAGAAACUGAUAUCUUUGGCCACUAACAUCAAUAAUAGCUCAGCAAGUGGGAAACUUGAAGAGAUUGAUCCAAAACUUCUUCGGAACUUUGCAUUUGGUGCUAAGGCUGUUUUAAAUCCCAUGGCUGCCAUGUUUGGUGGCAUUGUUGGCCAGGAAGUUGUAAAGGCUUGCUCUGGCAAGUUCCAUCCUCUUUUUCAGUUUUUCUAUUUCGACUCUAUUGAGUCCCUUCCUCCUGAACCCCUGGAUCCCAGUGAUUUGAAGCCCUUGAACAGUCGAUAUGAUGCACAAAUCUCAGUUUUUGGAGCCAAACUUCAGAAAAAGCUAGAGGAUGCCAAAGUGUUUAUUGUGGGAUCUGGUGCACUAGGUUGUGAGUUUUUGAAAAAUGUAGCUCUGAUGGGUGUUUGUUGUGGUAAUCAAGGAAAACUAACAAUUACAGAUGAUGAUGUCAUUGAGAAGAGCAACCUUACCAGACAAUUUCUUUUCCGGGACUGGAACAUUGGACAGGCCAAGUCAACAGUUGCUGCUUCAGCUGCCUCUUUGAUAAACCCUCAUCUCCACAUUGAUGCACUACAAAACCGUGCCAGCCCUGAGACUGAAAAUGUGUUUCAUGAUACUUUUUGGGAGAAUCUCAAUGUUGUCAUCAAUGCACUGGAUAAUGUGAGUGCCAGGCUCUACAUUGAUCAGAGGUGCUUAUAUUUCCAGAAACCGCUUCUCGAGUCAGGAACCUUAGGUGCCAAGUGCAAUACUCAGAUGGUCAUUCCUCACUUGACCGAGAACUAUGGUGCCUCAAGGGAUCCUCCUGAGAAACAAGCACCCAUGUGUACAGUGCAUUCAUUCCCACACAACAUUGACCACUGCUUGACAUGGGCUCGAUCAGAGUUUGAGGGUUUGCUUGAGAAGACACCAGCUGAAGUGAAUGCGUAUUUAACCAGUCCAAAUGAAUAUACGUCUGCAAUGAAAAAUGCUGGUGACGCACAGGCCAGGGAUAAUUUGGAACGUGUUAUCGAAUGCCUUGACAAGGAGAAAUGUGAAACAUUCC